GCCUGCAGUGCAGCUCAUGGGCCGCUACCGGCUGCCGCCCUGCAAGCAGCGCUGGCACACCUGUGCCACCUUCCUACCCCAGGGAGGGUUGCUGCUGUGGGACCGCCGCGGCUCCCUGCUUCUCUUUCCCUGUGCCAGCAGCAGCUCUGACGGCACCGACACAGGUACCCCGGGCAGUGAGGGCACUGUGAGCCAGUCGGAGCCCUCAUGUUUCUUACACAGCGAGGCUGUGCCCCUCGAGGACCCUCUGUCUGUGCUCUUUGGGCUGCAUGGUAAGACGGGAGUCACCUCGGUGACCUGCCGUGGGGACUACAUCUAUAGCACAGGCCGGGACGGCUGCUACCGGCAGCUCCGCCUGCGGGACCAGCAGCUGGAGGUGCUGCAGAAGCACCGGCCCUGCAAAGGGCUGCAGUGGAUCGAGGAGCUGCGUUUCACACCCGGCGGGGACCUACUGGUGCUGGGCUUCCACGCCAACAACUUCGUGGUGUGGAGCACAAGGAGCGGGGUGAACCUGCACUGCGUGCCCUGCGGCGGAGGGCACCGCUCCUGGAGCUACCACAGCAGCCCUGAGGCCGAUGCCUUCGCCUUCAUCAAGCGUGGGGACGUGAUGCUGUACCACAGCGAGGCCGAGCCCUGCGAGCAGCGGGUGCUGCUGGCGUCACUGCAUGGCCGUGAGAUCACCUGCGUGCGGCACCUGGGGGCCGUGCGGGCGCCUGGAUGCCGCCCCAUUAAUGUCUUCAUCACCGGCAGCGAGGACACCACGGCGUGUGUGCUGACACUCAGUGAGCUGACGCGUGCGGCGGUGCCCCUCGCCAGGCUCAGCGACCACAUCUCCAGUGUCAGGGCACUGGCCUUGGCCGGCACUGCGCUGCAUCAUGGCACCCAGCUCUGCUCCUUGCUGUUCUCAGCCGGUGGCCGUGCACAGAUUGAGUGCUACCGGCUGCAGUGUGCUGUGGAUCUGAGGGCUGAGGGCAUGGUGAACUGCCAGGUCACCCACUUGGCCUCCCACCGGCUGGAUGAGCACUGGGACCGCAUGAAGAACAGGCACAAGCUUGUCAAGAUGGAUCCGGAGACAAGGUACAUGUCUCUCUCAGUCGUGUGUGGGACCAACAGCGAGCAGCUGCCCGUGCCAUGCACAUUCCUGGUUGCUGCAUGCAGCGAUGGAUCAGUCCGGCUCUUUGUGCUGUUGGAGGCUGCCCAGAAGCUGCUGCUCGUGGCAGAGUCGUUCCACCACCAGCGCUGCGUGCUGAAAGUGGAGGCAUUCCUGCACACGUGGGCAGAGGAGGAGAGGAAGCACCUCCUGUGUAGCGCGGCCACUGACGGCAGCAUUGCCUUCUGGGACAUCACCAGUACCAUUGCAGAUGCAACAGAAGCCCUGCAGCACUCAGAGGGAGAGAUGCAGCCAUUGGCCCUGGGCACCCCGCUGCUCACUGUCAUGGCCCACAGCUGCGGGGUGAACAGCUUGCACAUCCAGGAGCUGCCCAAGGGACGGUUCCUGGUGGCUAGUGGCAGUGAUGAUGGCUCCAUCCACGUCUGCCUGCUGGAGGUGACACAGGGCGGUGAUGAGGCCAAGCCAGAAACCUGCUUGCACAUCCUGGAGCGCGUGGCGAGGCCGUGCACCCAUGCUGCUCAUGUGACGGGGAUCAGAGUGCUGCGGCCAGACCUGGUGCUCUCUGCCUCCGUGGACCAGCAGCUGACACUGUGGCGGCUGAGCUGGGACAGCCUGGAGGAGCUGAGCACCACCUUCUUCUACGUGCCCGACCUGGCAGAGCUGGACUGCUGGGAGGUGGUGGAGGCAGGUGGGGAGCGGUGCUGGUAUUGUGUGCUCUGUGGGCAGGGCCUGGAGCUCCUGCGUUGUGCUGCCCUGGACACCCACUGCAACCUCCAGUCACAGGGUGCUGUCCAGUAAAGGGGUAUAGCAAAGUCCUUGCUCCCCACCUGUAUGGAGACAAUGAGAGCAAAGGAAUGUCCCAGCACACUGCUCCAGGCACCCUGCAUGUGUGCAGUGAUGCAGCUGUGCUGUCCUCCUCAAGGACGAUGGACAUCCCUCUGUCCCACAGGGAGAGCCAGGGCUCUCCGCAAUGCUGGGAGGAUUGAGGGCAGCAGGAGGCCAAGUACAGAGCUGCUGGGGAACAAAGAGGGCUGUAGCAUACAGUCUGUUGUGCCCCCUCGGGCUAGAUCAGCCCUAUCAGAGGAGCCCUUCAGUGCCUUCCUCAGGCUGGCAGGUUCUUCCUGUGCAGCAGCAGGCCUGUGGGCAGCCAAGGCACGAUAAGGACAAGAAGCUGUACACAGCCCUCAGCCAGAAAGGCUGCACUGUGCUGCUGGAACAUGGGGCUGCUUGCAAGCACUGCUUAACCUUGCUCUUGCACCAAGGUACUCCCACUCCUGUGCACAGCACAGAUCGUUCUUCUACCCAUCCUUCCCUCCCCCUCCUCAGUUAUCACUGCUAGGUCAGACACACCGUUUGUCCAGCA